CAGAUCAGGAGGGAAUGGCAGAUAUCGUAAUAGAUUACUACUACAGCAUGGUCAUAAUAGUAAGGGAGAUAACCGGAUCUAUAUUGGAUGGUUAUUAGCAUGUACAGUGAUACAAGCUAAAAAGAUAUUAUUAAGCCUGCCUGAAGAUUUACCAGAAAAGCUAUUGGCUCACAUCAAAAAGAGAUUUGAAGAAGUCCCACUUGCACCAGUAGUUAUGUGGUAG